AUGGCUGUCGUGCAACUGAACAAACAGAAAGUCAGACCGGUGAUGGACUUUCGAGAAAUGAACACCCACGUGGACACUUUCACGGCAGAUGCGGACGUGUGCAAUGAAAAGUUGAGAGAGUGGCGCAAGCUGGGGAGAGACGUGGCGCUUUUGGACCUCAACAAGGCCUAUCUGCAAAUUCACGUGGAAAAGGAGAUGUGGCCGUACCAAACGGUUAUCGUCGGUGGCGUGCGAUACUGUCUGACGAGGAUGGGCUUUGGCCUCAGCGUAUCGCCCUGCGUCAUGAAAUCCGUGCUGGAUCUGGUCGUCAGCCAGGACUCGGACGUGCAGCGGGCAGUGUCGACGUACAUUGACGACGUGCUGGUUGACGAGGCCGUGCUGCCGGCUGAGAAGGUGGCCGAGCACCUGAAGCGCUUCGGUCUGGAGUGCAAACCGGCAGUAAAACUCAAGGACGGAGGCAGAGCUCUGGGGCUGAGAGUAUCAGCGGGAACAGACGGACUCAGAUGGAGACAAGAUAAUGAAGUCACGGGGAUCGAGCUGCCACUGACAAAGCGAAAGAUAUUUUCAUUCUGCGGACGUCUCACAGGGAAUCUGCCCGUAUGUGGCUGGCUCCGACCAGCUACCUCGUACCUGAAACGACGCGCGAGCGCGCUAUCCGAGAGGUGGGACGAUCCCAUCGAAGACAGUGAGGUGAAGAUCAUGGUUCAGGACCUGUUGGAGAAGGUGGCAGCAGAUGACCCAGCGAAGGGCAGAUGGGACGUGUCUGGAAGAGAUGUCACAGUCUGGACUGAUGCAAGCUCGUUGGCCCUCGGGGUAGCACUGGAAGCAGACGGCGAACUGAUAGAGGACGGCUGCUGGCUGAGGAAAGACGAUGGGACGCACAUAAACGUCGCAGAACUGGACGCAGCUAUCAAAGGAGUAAAUCUGGCGAUAUCAUGGGGAGCCAAGAAGGUUGUCCUAAUGACAGACUCCCGCACCGUAUAUCACUGGAUAUCAAACUCACUGAGCGGAAAGAUGAGGCUAAAGACGAAAGCCGCGUCUGAAAUGCUCAUCCGAAGACGUCUCUCAACUCUGCAGAUGCUGGGUGAGGAGUACAGACUGGACAUGUCUGUGCGAAGUGUGACCUCUGCUGCCAAUCGUUCCGACAAUCUCACAAGGGUGCCACGCAAAUGGCUGAGUCCAGAAGUGAAGACCAAAGCGCCAGGUACUCCGCGAGGCGCCACUGAAACCAGAGAUCCAGAAGCAGGGAAUGACAAGCACAGAGCCCUGUGUGCCGCGAUUGGAACGACAGCGAGGAGUGAUUCCUGUCAGAUCGCUGAAGCUGCUGUACAGCGGGAAGAGGACGGUAUCUCUGCGAACGAGCUCGGUGUGACUGGUGUCGCAGCCGUGGCAACAGCCGUGCAGUGUGAACAGGACCGCGUCGCUCAGAUUCAUGCUGAUGCCGGCCAUCCCGGAAUCAGAAGAACGCACUUCUUCGCUAAACGUGUCAUGCCCACGGUCACAAAGACCUGUGUCAGGAACGUGGUGACGAGCUGUCAAGUCUGCCAGUCGAUCGAUCCUGCCCCUGUCAAGUGGAAGAAAGGCGAACUCAGUGUCAAGCAGGUCUGGACAAGACUUGGGAUCGACGUCACAGAGUACCGCGGCAGAUUAUACCUCACCAUCAUCGACUGCGGCCCAAGUCGAUUCACCAUUUGGCGUCCACUGAGACUGAAAACAAGUUCAGUUCUGGUGGCCGAGCUACGCUCCAUCCUGUUGGAGAGAGGAGCGCCGGAUGAAAUCUUACUGGAUAACGACCCAGUGUUUCGAAGCAGGCGUUUUGGUGCAUUUGCUGCAGAGUGGGGCGUGCGACUGACGUUCCGCUGUGCCUACGUCCCGUCCGGAAACGGUGUCACCGAACGCGUCCACCGCACCGUCAAGACCAUAGCAGCAAGGAAGGGAUGUGAUAUCUCAGAAGCUGUGUACAUUUACAACAUGACCCCGAAAGACAACAAGACAGACAACUCGACGCCAGCGAACCAGCUGUAUCGCUACAACUGGAGGACGAGUCUGCCACACUCCGACCCUUCAGCGCAGCAGGAACCGGCUGGCGGGUACCGCCCGCCAAAAGAAGCGUACGAGCCCGGAGAUGCUGUCUGGGUGAGGCCACCCGGCGCGCGCUGUCACACACAGUAUGAGCAGGGCGUGGUGACACGCACGCUCUCGGAACAGGCCGUGGAGGUGAACGGAGUGCCCCGCCACGUCCGAGAGCUGCGACAUCGGCUCCAACAGGACCAUGAAGCUGAGGAUGACAGUGACUCAAGUGAGAAAGGACCCAUGCUGGUGUCCCUCCCCGUCAGACAACCAGAAGUGACGCCACAGUCCGAGACCGCCCCGGUCACAGGUCGAGACCGCCCCGAGACCGUUUUGCGGCGAUCAGAGAGGCUCCGAAGUCGUGCCGCUCGUGAAUCACAGGUGUGA